AUGGGGGUUGGAUACAAGGUGAAUGUUAAUGGAAGUGUUACAGAAAACUACUGGGAACCGCUUGAACAAGAGAAAAAACUGGUAGAUGGAAAGAGAAGAAGACCAUACAGGAUAAAACUAGUUGGUGUUAUCGGUGAUGCUUAUUUAGCUGUCAUUAGAGGCAUCAGGGAAAACAACUUUGCAGUUAGUCGGGUUGGUACGGUUAGAGAGAGAGGAAGUCCAAACGGAAGAGCAUAG